AUGUCUGCAGAUAAUUUUGCGGGCUUAGAAAAAGGCUCACCUACCGAGGUGGAAAUUGAAGAAGAGGAGGAGGAGGAGGAGUUCUUGUCGAACGAACAGAUUGAGGAACAAGACGAUGCUUUAGCGGCCCUGUUCAGAGCUGCUAGAUCCUCCAAAAUGGAUGCAAAAUCGCGUAAAGAAACUGUGGCUCUGCUCAAGUUAAGGUCAUUUGAUUUUCUGGAGUACCUUCUGCUCUAUACCUCGGAUGCAAAUCUUUUUCUGCCUACGCUGUAUACCGUUAUCAAAAUGGCUGUCACCUCGACUGGACGAGUCAAACAGGCUCAAAAUCAAAGACUUGGCAGUGAUAAAAGGGAUCACGUAUCUCUACCACGUAUUGCCUCUUGCCUCGGUCAAUUGCGCUCUCGUCCAUUGUUCGCCAAUGAGCUUCUUUGGCAAUCAAUCUGCAAAUCUGAUGAAGCCCUUCUACCCACCUGUUUCAAGGCCAUAUUUCGGGUAUUUAGGAAUGCCAUCCCUGACGGUAAACUGAUCAAGUGUCUGCAGACUGCCUGUGAAUUUCUGGAAAUAGCCGAAUUGGCAGGUCGUUUGGUGAUUGAGCGCCUUAAGGCCGCGCUACCAUCAUCUACAUCAUCAUCUGGUUCUAGUUCAUCCUGUGUUUAUGCCAAAACUGCUCUUUUGGGUUUGGCAAACGCUGUGACAGGUGGAUUGGCUGGCGCGAAAUCUCAAUCCCUCUCUGACUGGGUGCCCACUCUGGCUCGCAUUCUGAUUGACUCGUUUUUCAUUAAUUCAAACGCUUCAACUUGGACACAAUCCAAGGCCCUCACUGUGGCCGUAUUUGAGUGCCUUUUCAACUGCUUCAAAUCUGACAAGACAGUGCUUGAACUGCUUACAACGGAGGAAUUGACGGCUGUUUUAACCUCAGACAGGGCAAGCAUUCCUAAGACUGUUCGUUCGUACCAUUCACGUCUCAUCCAACUUAUUCGCUCUCUUCGUACUUCUUCGCAACACCUUUCAGCCGUGCUGGAGGGUCUUGACACACAACGAAAGCUCGAAAAGGAAGAGGCGAAGCAAGAACGACGGCGGAAAAGAAAGGCUAAGGUAGCGGCUGACCAGGCAAAGAAAAAGAAAGCGAAAUUGGGCAUUAUUGUAAAACAGAAGGCGGCAUAA